GCUUAACCGGCCGGAGAAAGAAGCAAUGUGGUCGGAGCACCACAUCCCGAUCGAGCCAGCCAACCCGCAGCCGGUGAAGCGCCACCACUCGGCCCACUACUACGCCCACCGCGUCAAAGAGAGCCUCACGAGACGCGCCACCAAGGUGUUCUGCGCCGUGUUUCUAACCCUCUUCCUUGUCGUCUGCGUCGCCGCUUUCAUCCUCUGGCUCACCCUGCGCCCCCACCGCCCCAGAUUUCACGUCGAAGAGUUCUCCAUCCCGGCAUUGGCCCACGAAGCCGAUUUUGAGAACGCUGCCGUCAUUUACAAAGCGACAGCGCGUAAUGCUAACCAGAUCAUCGGCGUUUACUAUGACUCCGCACAACUGGCGGUUUACUAUCAGGAGCAGAUCAUCGGCGAUUCUCCCAUCCUUUUUCCGUUCUAUCAGAAGCCGAAGAAUACGACGAUGAUUGAGGGGCAGCUGAGUGGCGACACCCUAAGGGUGAGCGCGCCGCGGUGGCAAGAGUUCGUGGCAGACCUAGGGAAGGGCGAGGUGGUUUUCCGGUUCGACAUAUCAGCGACGAUCCGGUUCAGAAUAUGGAGGUGGCAUAGCAAGCACCAUAAGAUGCAUGCUCGUUGCCCCGUCGGAGUGGGCCCCGAUGGCUUCAUCUUGCCCCAUUACCGGGACAAGAGGUGUCCCUUGUACUUCUCCUAGGACAGCUGACCCAAGAAUUUAAUGUUGCUUCAUUGCAUUUUCUUUUUUCUAAACCAUGUACCAACUCAUUUCAACAUCUAUGAAUUAAUGCUUAUAACUA